AUGGAGCAGGUGGCACCAAACAGCUGCAUUAUGGCUGCCAGCCUGGCCCUUGGCAUCACCUCUGCUCUGGGAUGCUUUGGCCUGUUCUGCACCUGCUACAGCUACCUGCCUCUGGAGGACUCUACAGCAGCUCUGUGUCUGCGCACCUGUCUGCUGGCAUCCCACUGCAACAGUGCUGGGCCUAACCGCGGGCUGCAGCUCAGUCUCCGUGGACAUGGUCAGACUCCCUCUGGGCUAAGCUCCUGUGGCUCUGCUCCGGCGGGGGUCCUGCAGGGGGGUCCCAGUGACGGCGUCAGUGGUGGCUUUGAGGGCGCCGUUGGGGUGCGCGGAGGCGCCAGCUGUGUGAGCGGGCACAGGGGCGCAUGGGAGAGGGCCGGGCCUCAGCCCUGA